UCCGAAAGACUCGAAGAACAUGUGCUCGGAUCCAUUCUCCUACGAUCAUCACCUUCGGUGUCGAGAGAAGGCGAGGAUGGCCCAAAACGAAAACAAGAACGUAAAUAAUAAGAAGCAAGGUCUGUUCUUGAACGGUCUGUCGUGGAAGAGGCUGACCAGCAAGAACAAGUUGCACGAGUCCAAGGUGUCUGCGAUAGCCAGGACACCGUUGGACAACAUCCAGCCUUUCUUGGACAACAAUAAGAACAUCCAGAAGGCGUUGAGUUGCUACAGUUUGAAGAACUCAAGCGAUCGAGGAGGUUUCACCCUGGUCAACGGGCAUGCCCUCGACGUCAGCAAUGCGAAUCAAAUCGGCCGAGAACCGCCGACCAAGAUCAGCCCUGCCAGGAAGACAGUGAUCCAGGCCAGCACCUCGGAACUCCUGAAAUGUCUGGGUCAUUUCCUUCGACGCAGAUGCCCGAAGCUCAAAGAUUUCCAGCCAGGAGACGCCAUCAUGUGGCUACGAACAGUCGACAGGAGUCUUCUGCUGCAAGGCUGGCAGGAUGUGGCCUUUAUCAAUCCGGCCAAUGUGGUUUUCAUCUACAUGAUCCUUCGAGACCUGGUUCGAGAGGACAUUGCGAGUGAGCACGAACUUCAGGCCGUGGUGCUCACCGCUCUCUACAUGUCCUAUUCCUAUAUGGGGAACGAGAUCUCGUAUCCUCUGAAACCCUUCCUCGUCGAAGACAACAAGGAUAAGUUCUGGGAUCGGUGCAUCAUGAUCGUAAACCGUUUCUCCGCCAGCAUGCUCAAAGUCAACGCCCAACCUUGCUACUUCACCCAAGUCUUCACUGAACUCAAAGCCAUUGGUGUCGCACCGGGACCU